GCUGAACCGCGUCUCCAACCCCCCAAAAAUAUAUCGAAAUAUCUACCAAUUUGUUCUUAUAGGAAAUCUUAUUUUAAUCUUAUUUUACGGCCAAUUGGAAUGGCUUUACUUAAACAAAACAAUUGAAUAGAAUUUAACUCAAAAUGCAAGGAAACCAGCCUACUGCCGCGUCAAUAUUCGCGCCUAAAACGCCCGCUCCUUCGAAUCCCAUCCCGUCUUCGUCACCGGCCUUUGGAACGCCAGCACAUACUCUUAAACCGUUCGCCAUAGCACCGCCAACUAAGGCCACCAUUCUUCCAAUCCUCCUCCCUCCAGCGACUUUAAGACCUCUAGCAUUCAGAACAUUCACGAAAAAGCAUAGCUUAACCCUCACAUCCUCUGCACUACAAGAAUUAGCUACAUUCAUUGGUCGGCAUUGCGGUUCGGGAUGGCGCGAAGAAGGACUAGGGGAGAAGGUCUUAGAGGAGGUGGCAAAGAGCUGGAAGAACCGAAACGGAGGCGUAAUAGUGGACGGCGCCAGUAGCGAGCUGAAAGAUAUCCUCAAGACGUUAGAGGGGAACAUGAGCGGUGGCCGAAUAGUGUCGGGACGAGAAUUAAAUCGCCAGAAUAGCCUGGUCCUAGACUCCAGCCAGGAAGCCGACUUAACAAACACGAGGUUAGGAUUGAGACCAAGCAAAUCCCUAACACGCCAUGACAGCGCAACGAGCUUUGGUAUGUCAGGGCUUGGUGUUGAGGACGACGAGCUCGACGACGAGAGUUUAAAGCAUCCGAGAAAAUGGUUGAAAGUUAUCAACGCAUACGACCAGCCACGGUUAUUAUACAACGUAACGAAGAAACACUUUGAGAGGGACCCCUCGAAACCAUCUUUAAUGCCGCCAGCAUCCCAUAAAACGACGCUCUUCAGGAAUAUAUAUAACGUUAUACACCAGAGACUUCUCCGAAAUGAAUCAUUCCAAAGCUCGACAGUAGCAACUACCAAGGCCACUCCAUCAUUAAAACGAUCUGGUUCAUCUACCAUGACUACCCAGCAAACCUACAAAAUCACACCAAUUGCGAAUCUACUUGGCCGCCAUGGCACCCAUCACAUGCUUCUUGGACUAUUAUCAGUCUUGCCAACCGGAAACCUCGCGAUCAGCGACUUAACUGGGACUAUAUCGGUGGACCUUUCGCAGGCUGUGGCUAUACCAGAAGACUCGGCUUGGUUUACGCCCGGAAUGAUAGUGCUAAUAGACGGAGUAUACGAAGAAGAGGAAGAAUCAACCGGUAGGGGGCUCGGUGGCAGCAAUGGUGUAGGUGGUAUCAUCGGUGGCCGUUUCCAGGGAUUCUUCAUCGGACAGCCUCCCUGCGAGAAGCGCAAAGCCACUCUCGGUGUCAGUGGGCUGGACGAUCACACCAUAGGAGGUGGAUUCGGCUGGAUCGACUUCUUAGGUGUCGGAAGUGAGCGUGCUGCAGGGUCUAAAAUGCGAAAACUCGAGCAACGGAUCCUCAGGAGGCCACGUCCGACCCAAUCAUCUACGGCAGAUCCUGAUGCUGAUGCUCCUAGCUGUGGCCGCAUCGUCGUCAUAGGUGAGCUUAAUCUCGAUCAACCACGGGCUCUUCAAGCCCUACGCAAGAUCCUGGCCAUUUACUCGACAGAGCCAGAGGGUAGUACGCCUAUGACAUUCGUGUUAACAGGAAACUUCACACAACAUGCCGUAAUGGCAGGUGGCGGGGCCAGCGGCGGCAGUGUAGAAUACAAAGAAUACUUUGACGCGCUAGCAUCCGUACUCUCCGACUUCCCAGCCCUACUCCAAUCCACCACCUUCGUAUUCGUGCCCGGCGACAACGACGGCUGGGCCUCGACUUUCGGUGCUGGCGCCGCAGUUCCCUUACCUCGCAAGCCUGUGCCUGAUAUGUUCACCAGCCGAGUGCGCCGUGCCUUUGCUACUGCGAACGCAGAGCUGCCUGAAAACGCGAAGAAGUGUCCCGGCGAGGCUAUCUGGACUAGUAACCCCGCACGCCUAUCCGUCUUCGGGCCCGCACACGAGAUCGUCCUGUUCCGGGACGACAUGUCGGCCCGCAUGCGGCGCACAGCCGUGCGCUUGCGCUCUUCUACCUCAGACGCGGAAGGGAACCAACAUGAAACCCCCGCAAACGAAGACGACGAUGACAUAGACAUGGAGGCCGCGGUCGAUAGUGCCGAAGCGAUGGACGUCGACGCCACCACCAAGAACACAGAGCCCGAGAUCCCCCAUGAUGUGCGGACGGCGCGCAAGCUCGUCAAAACGAUGCUUGACCAAGGGUAUUUAUGUCCGUUCCGACAUGCGAUCAGACCGGUACAUUGGGACCACGCCACCGCGUUGCACUUGUAUCCCUUGCCGACGGCGAUGGUGCUCGCGGACCCUACAGCACCGCCGUUUUGCGUUACUUAUGAGGGGUGUCAUGUGAUGAAUCCCGGGGCUGUAUUAGUUGCCGGACGGAGAGGCGUAGGGAGAUGGAUUGAGUAUGAGUUGGGAGGAACGGGAAGGCUAAGGGAGUGUAUGUUUUAAUGGAUGGAUAAUACGUGAAGAAAUACUCCACGCACUCUCGCCUGUCCGCUUGGCAUAUGGCACAUAAAUUAGGCAUGACUAUGGUUAACGCUGACGGAUAUAUAUCCAUGCAUCCAAUAAAAAGGAUUUACUCAUAAUUACUCAAUUAUUUCAUCUCUAUUAAGGGCUAUCGUAGCGGCAUGACUUAGGGUUCUUUCCGACUUGAUUCAUUCGCAGCAUCUUCCCAUCGCCAUUA